AUGGCAAACAGUGUCUCUCCUGAACAGAAUCAAAAUCACUGUUCAUCCAUCAACAGCAGCAACCCACUGAUGCAGGACAACCUCCCCACCCUGACUUUAUCUGGAAAGAUCCGCGUGACAGUAACUUUCUUCUUAUUUCUACUCUCCACGACUUUCAAUGCUUCCUUUUUGUUGAAACUUAAGAAGUGGGCUCAGAAGAAAGAGAAAGGGAAAAAGCUCUCGAGAAUGAAAGUGCUUUUAAAACAUCUGACGUUAGCCAACCUGUUGGAGACUUUGAUUGUCAUGCCACUGGACGGAAUGUGGAACAUUACAGUACAGUGGUAUGGGGGAGAGCUCCUCUGCAAAGUGCUCAGCUAUCUGAAGCUUUUCUCCAUGUAUGCCCCAGCCUUCAUGAUGGUGGUGAUCAGCCUGGACCGCUCCUUGGCCAUCACAAGACCCCUAGCUGUGAGCAAUAGCAAGCUGGGACAGUCUUUGAUUGGCUUGGCGUGGCUCCUCAGUAGUCUCUUUGCUGGACCACAGCUGCCUCUUCAUCAUCCCUCUUCUCAUCAUGUUGAUCUGCAAUGCAAAAAUCAUCUUCACCCUGACACGGGUCCUUCAUCAGGAUCCCCACCAACUACAACUGAAUCAAUCCAAGAACAAUAUACCAAGAGCCCGGCUGAAGACUCUAAAGAUGACAGUGGCAUUCGCAACUUCAUUUACCAUCUGCUGGACUCCCUACUAUGUCCUAGGAAUUUGGUAUUGGUUUGA